AUGUCAAACUUUAUCCAACACGGCAAAGACGGCCGACUAUAUUACAGAUCAAGCGAUGGGAAAUGGUAUCCCUACACCAAAUCAUCCUACUCGGAUACAACCCCGGCCUCAACCCAGCAAUAUCAUCAAGGCCAAUAUGCCGAGCGACGCCCCAGCUAUCAUCAGUAUGCGGACAACACGGCGGAAGCUGGAAGCUUCUACGGAGAGUAUGACGAAGACGACGUCCCUGCGGCCUCCUCGUCUACACAAGGUGGAUCAACGGAAACUGCCAAAUAUGUCAAGAAGCAAGAGAAAGAACGAAGACACCGGGAGAAACUACGGGAAGGCGGUCGAUCCGGUCGGAGUAAGCAUAAGAGCAAUACCAAGAAAAAGAUCGACGAGACUCUCAAGCCAUUCUACAAUAGCAAGUAA